AACGAUGCAGGGAGGCGGCGCUAAUGAGAGUGGCAGAGCAGCCAUCGAGGAAGGCGAGCAAGGAGGCAGUGAUACGAGUGGACUACCUCCGGAAGGUGCAAAGAUGGUGCUGGUCGUGGGAAGCAUGAUUGAGUUUGACACAGCCUUGAAAGAAUCCCCAUCCAAGCUCAUAGUUGUUGACUUCUCUGCCACAUGGUGCGGACCAUGCAAGAUGAUCAAGCCUUUCUACCAUAGUCUUGUUGAAAAAUAUCCAGAUGUAAUAUUCAUUGAAGUCGACGUGGAUGAUGCUCAGGACGUUGCCGCAAACUGUGAGGUGAAGUGCAUGCCAACAUUCCAGUUCUACAAGAAUGGUCAAAAGGUUGCUGAAUUCUCUGGUGCAAACAAAGAGAAGCUGGAAGAAAACAUCAAGAGCCUCAAGUAACCAUAGGUCCCUGGUUAAUGAAAUGCUGACUGUUAAAUUAUAGCCUUUUCUAUAUGACAAAUUGAUCAAGUUAGAAUAUGUAUCCAGAUAUGACCAUUUGGACUGUAAAUGAAAAGAAUAAAGAUAUAUAAACAGUU